CCUGCUCGCGCUCCCCAUCGCGGGCGCUGCCGGGCGGCCGGCCGGUCGGAACAUGCUUCAGGAAGGCGCACACGGUAAAUGGACAGUAUCUAGCAGCGAUGAAAGUGCCGAGGAAAAUUCUGACAGUGAAAAACCGUGUACAUCUUCACUGUCAGAUCCUGCAUGUGGUAGAACAAGUGGACCACAAUAUCCAUGCUCUGAAGCUAGGAAAGCUGCUCACAAGAGAAGAGCUUCUCCCCUGAAGCUCACUGAUAAAAGUCUUUCUACAGAUGCACCUCCAGCAGUAAAACAGAGACCAAGCCAAGAAGGCUCAGGUUGGUGCCUUUCUAGUAGUGAUGAAGAGCCUGAAGAUCAGCAAAAGCAUAUCUACAAAGAAACAGUGAAAGAAGAAAAAUGUGAUGUGCCUGAAGAGCAUCCUUUGAAUCUUUGCAAAGAUGACAAACUUUUGGAGAAUCUGAAAGAAGAGGAGUAUAAUGUAACACCCAGUGAAGCCCAGGAUACCUGGGAUUUGGUGACUGGAGGCAAUCCUUUCAGGUUUUUUCUCACUAAAGUCAGUGGAAUUGAACAGAACUAUAAUUCUGGAGCCCUGCACAUAAAAGAUAUUUUGUCUCCUCUUUUUGGAACUCUCAUAUCUUCUGCCCAGUUUAACUACUGUAUAGAUGUGGGAUGGCUUGUAAGACAGUACCCGCAGGAAUUCAGGAAGAAGCCGUUGCUGAUAGUUCACGGUGAGAAGAGAGAAUCCAAAGCUGAACUAAUUGCACAAGCGCGGCCUUAUGAGAAUAUUAGCUUUUGUCAGGCUAAACUGGAUAUUGCAUUUGGAACUCACCAUACGAAAAUGAUGCUGUUGCUGUAUGAAGAAGGUCUUCGAGUUGUGAUACAUACAUCCAAUCUUAUUGCUGAAGAUUGGUACCAGAAAACUCAGGGAAUAUGGCUAAGCCCUUUAUAUCCAAGGCUGUCUAAGGGAGCAUCUGGUUCUGCUGGUGAAUCUGUGACUAAUUUUAAGUCUGACCUAAUAAGUUACUUGGCAGCUUACAAUUCUCCUGCACUCAAGGAAUGGAUAGAUCUGAUUCAAGAACAUGAUUUAUCAGAAACAAGAGUGUAUCUGCUUGGUUCUACCCCUGGACGCUAUCAAGGCAGUGAUAAAGAAAAGUGGGGCCAUCUUAGACUCAGAAAGCUUUUGAAGGAGCAUGCUUUGUCAAUACCAGCACAGGAAUCCUGGCCUCUUGUGGGACAGUUCUCAAGCAUUGGUUCAAUGGGAGCUGAUGGAUCCAAAUGGCUGUGCUCAGAGUUCCAGGAGAGCCUGGUGGCUGCAGGCAGCAGUGUGACAACUUUCCGUAAAUGCGAUGUCCCAAUUCAUUUGGUUUAUCCUACUGUGAACAAUGUGAGGCAGAGUCUAGAAGGCUAUCCUGCUGGUGGCUCACUUCCAUACAGUAUACAGACAGCACAGAAACAGCUGUGGUUGCAUUCCUAUUUUCACAAAUGGUCAGCAGAAGUCACGGGUCGAACUCAUGCUAUACCUCACAUUAAGACAUACAUGAGACUCUCUCCUGACUUCCAGAAGAUUGCUUGGUUCUUGGUAACAAGUGCCAAUCUCUCUAAAGCAGCCUGGGGAGCUCUGGAGAAAAAUGGCAUCCAACUGAUGAUCCGUUCUUACGAACUUGGAGUUCUUUUCUUGCCUUCAGCAUUUGAGAGGUGCUUCAGCCCUCUGAUCUUUGUGGCCCUUCUGUGGGCUUGCUGUAACAUGUCCAUGCUGGGGACCCCAGAGGUGGAUACAGCACUGCAGGGAUUGGACAAAGGUUACUUUCAUGUAGGAAGGGGAAAGCUUCCAGAAAGGAAAGAUUCAGCAACAUAUUUUCCUGUACCUUAUGACCUCCCACCAGAACAGUAUGGAAGCAAAGAUCAACCAUGGAUUUGGAAUAUUCCUUACACUGAUGCCCCUGAUACACAUGGAAAUAUGUGGGUUCCAUCAUAAAUGUUUCCAGUACUCUGGGAUGUUCCACUUGCUGACACUGAGCCUGUUGUGCUACUUGGAAAAACUGCUUGUUUCUGAUCUGUAAGCUAUAAUGUCUGCUGUAGUGGCUAAUUUGUAGUUGAAACAUUAAAAUGUUAAUAAGGGAGAGAUUCUUGGAGAAUCUGCAACCAUAUUAUUACAAGUGAACCUGCUUUUUUUAAUACCUUUUUAUAUGCUUUUUCUUUCCUGUGGUUCCUAACGUGGUUUUCAAGAUAAGAACUGUUCUGAGAGAGUCUCUCUGCAUUUAUAGCUGUAAUUAAUUUAAAAAUGACAGUUCUGUAAGACUGUCAGUUGACCCCAGUAGCUGGAAUAAAAAUUAUAUGCAAAAUUCAAAUUAAAAUAAAGGCAAUCAUGUUAAUAUA